AUGGCAGACAUUCUUCUCGAACCAGUUGUCCUUGGGGACAAUAUCCACCUCCGCAACCGCAUCUGCAUGGGCUCCAUGACGCGGAACCGUUGCAUCGAUAAUAGCAAGCCCACUGAUGCCAGUAUCAAGCACUACGUGAGUAGAGCGCAGGAUGGCCCUGGACUUAUCAUUGCCGAGGGCACAUUCAUCAGCCCGCACGGUGCUGAAUGGCCCCAUGCGCCAGUGAUGUAUAACCAGGAGCACGCGGAUGCUUGGUCCAAAGUGACCAGCGCGGUGCAUGAGGUUGGAGGCAAGAUCUUCUUCCAGCCGUGGCAUCCAGGAAGAAUCCAAAAUGAGAAUAUGCCGAUGCUUAAGGAAGCUGGCGCCCCAGUUCACGCCCCAUCCAAGGUCCCUGCCAAGGGCGGCAAGUUCCGUACGUUGGAGGGAACUCCAGGCUAUACACACAACAUCACGGAAAUCGAUGAUCCAAGUUCCAUUGUCGAGCAAUUCCGCCAUUCGAGCGCUUUGGCUCAACAGGCCGGAUUCGAUGGCAUCGAGCUUCUUUCACAAGGUGGUUACCUUCUCCACAACUUCCUCUGCUCGCACGCAAAUUUGCGGAUAGACCAAUAUGGUGGCUCUGCCGAAAACCGCUGUCGUUUUCCUCUUGAAGUGCUUGACUCAAUCAUUGAAGUCUGGGGUCCCCGGGUCGUGGGAAUCAAGAUCUGUCCACCGGACGACUACAACGAUUCUGCCAUUUCCUACGAGGAAUUGACUGAGACAUAUACGUAUUACAUCAAGGAGCUCAUGCGCCGGGAUCUCGCCUUUAUCAACCUUUCGCGACGCGGUUGUCAGGUUGGGCGGGAGACUGAUGCGUACUUCAGAUCCCAGCCGAGGCCCGAGGGCAAAGAACUGCCAUCUGGCUAUGAGCCUUGGUCUCAGUUUGGGCACUUGAUCAAGUAUCCCGGGAGCCGAACUAUGCUCAUGGUCAACCACGAAUACACCCCCGAGGAGGCAAGGGACCUGAUUAAGCAAGCGAAGAUCGACCUUGUCACAUUUGCCCGGCCGUUUAUUUAUAACCCGGAUUUGGUCAGCCGCAUCAAAUCCGGCCUGCCUUUCGCCAUGAACGACCGCGGAGGCAGAGUCAACUAUGGACCCUUCCAAGAUCCCAACGAAAAUUACAAUGACUGGCCAUUACAUGAAAAGAACCAAUUUCAUAGCCAACAGGCCGUUAGCUAG